AAUACACUAGACUCAGGGAUGCCUCCUCAGUUGGAAGCAGAGCUGGCAGCUAUGUAUCCGCAUGCGAAGUUCGCUGCUCUAAGGACAGGGGGCCCCUUUCCCUUUCUUGCUGCAGCAGAUGAGGUGUCUAUGCACCUUGAGCUCCACCUCCGCCGUUGCGGGGCAGCGCAUGCAGCCCCAUUGGCUGCGUCUAAGCAUGCGCCUACAGCACCAGCAGCAGGUGCAGCACCAACACCAGCAGCAGGUGCAGCAGCAACAGCAGCAGCAGCAGCAGCCCCACCUUCAGACACCAAACGCAGGGAGGACUUUAUGCAUCUGGGGUAUAAAGAACCCCUUAAGUACAACAGUCUCUCUUCUAGAGACAGAGACGAAAUGCAGCAGCAGCAGCAGCAGCAGCUCAGAGCCAGCAGCAACCAGGCUGUCUCUGCAGCGGAGGAGAUCCCUCAGCAGCAGCAGCAACAGCAACAGCAGCAGCAGCAGCAGCAGCAGCAGCGGCGGCCGCCUUUGUUAAGCCCGCUGCACUCUUACGAUCUCCUGUCUCCUGAGUCUUCUUCUUCCCCAUACCCCCGGAAGCUGCAGCAAGAGGCCCCUGCAGCAGCAGCUGUUUGGGGGCAGGCAGCAGCCAGCAGCAGCAGCAGCAGCAGCAGCUGCAGCGUUAGCAGCUCCGGCAGCUGUGAGAGCAGCAGCCUGCAGCAGCCCUUGAGCCCCCUUGUGUUUAAAGACAACCAAACCAACGCCCAUCACAGCAGCAGCAGCAGCAACAGCAGCAGCAGCAGCAGCAGCAGCAGCAGCAGCAGCAGGAAUGCACCCCCAGACUCAGUUAGAGACACAGGCGCACCCUCAAUCCCCUUCUAA